AUGGGGGGAGAGGUAGCAAAUGAUAUGGAACUGCCUCUGUCCUGGACGGCUAGCGGGCAGUCGAUCCUCAAGCUGAACAUCCGCCAUCUGUGGUUAUGGGGUGUGUGGCAACUACCUGGUUCCUGGAUGUUUGAGGCGUACGGGGCUUUGGGCCUGGCGCUGGGCGUCUGGAACGCGAUAGAGGGUUCGCUGGCCACCUACUACAGCUCGGGGGACAUGGAGGAGACGACACUGGUGCUUACCAGAGUGUAUAUCGGCUGCAACACCAUCAAGAUGGCCUUCUCCAGGCGCAACCGGCGGCAGUACCAUGCGCUGGCUCGACGCGUGCAGACGCUCGUGUCCCUGCAGAGUGAGUCGUGCUUCGCGGAUCCUGCCUUGGCCGACAUCCAGAAGGACUCCCAGAGGCGCGCGUUCCGCCUCACUCUCGGAAUACUGCUCUUCAUGUUCGCGCAGUGCUUCGUGUGGUUCCCCACGCCGCUCGUGGCGCAUCCAGGAGAGCGCCGCCUGCCACUGGUUCAACACGCCUGGGACGACAACACCCACUAA